AUGGCUGGCGAGAAGCUUUUAUCCACUAAAGAGGUGUUGAAACACAAAUCGCCUGAUGAUUGUUGGAUUGUUGUUGAUAAUAAAGUAUGGGACGUAACUGAUUUUGUGGAGGAACACCCUGGAGGGUCAAAAAUCAUUCUGAAAUACGCGGGCCGUGAUGCCACCAAGGCCUACUCAGAGGUUCACUCUCCUGGUGUCAUCAAAUCAAAUCUACCGCCAGAGAAGUACAAGGGAAUCCUCGACACGUCCGCAAUCGAUGAAGAAUGGCUCAAACAGCCUCCCAGCGAGAAUCCACAGGUCGUCCUGGACAACGAGAAGCCGCCCUUGCACACUCUGAUCAACUCACACGAUUUCGAACUUGUGGCGUCCAAGACCGCAAGCAAAAAGACGUGGGCAUUUUAUUCCAGCGCCUCGACCGAUCUCAUCACUCGCGAUGCGAACAAAUCUUGCUUCGACAGGAUCUGGUUUCGACCUCGCGUCCUCCGAAACGUUCGAUCCGUGGAUCCAAGCUCCAGGAUUCUCGGCGUCAGUUGUAGCAUGCCAUUGUUCGUAAGCCCGGCUGCUAUGGCUAAGCUUAUCCAUCCGGAGGGAGAGUGUGCGAUUGCCCGGGCAUGUGAGCGCAAAGGUAUCAUGCAAGGAGUUUCCAACAAUUCUUCGUACACUCUGGAUCAGCUGAAAGACGCGGCUCCUUCGGCAAAUUUCUUCUUCCAGCUGUACGUUAAUCGAGACAGAUCGAAGUCUGCAGCGCUUCUUCGUCAAUGCUCGGCCAAUCCGAACGUCAAGGCAGUUUUUGUGACAGUCGAUGCUGCAUGGCCAGGCAAACGGGAAGCGGAUGAGCGAGUCAAAGCCGAUGAGAACUUGUCUGUGCCCAUGGCACCGGCACGAGCGAAGAACGACAAGAAGGGCGGCGGCCUUGGACGUGUGAUGGCCGGCUUCAUUGACCCUGGACUGACUUGGGAUGACUUGGUGUGGGUUCGAAAGCAUACGCAUCUACCCGUGUGUCUGAAGGGAGUGAUGUCUGCGGAUGACGCGAUCUUGGCGAUGCAGGCUGGGUUGGAUGGCAUUCUUCUCAGCAAUCACGGAGGUCGCAAUCUUGACACGAGCCCUCCAUCUAUACUCACUCUGCUUGAGCUUCAUAAGCGCUGUCCGGAGAUCUUCGACAAGAUGGAGAUAUAUGUGGACAGCGGAAUCCGUCGGGGAACGGACAUACUCAAAGCCAUCUGCCUGGGUGCCACCGCUGUCGGCAUGGGGCGCAGCAUGCUCUUCGCCACGAAUUACGGGCAGGAAGGAGUCGAACAUCUGAUAGACAUUAUGAAAGAUGAGCUAGAGACAGCGAUGCGGAACAAUGGGAUUACGUCACUUGAUGAGGCUGGCCCUCAUAUGGUCCACACGGGCGAUAUUGAUCAUCUAGUUCCUGACUCUCGGUCACAUCCGUAUGCCCGAGCGGUUGCAAAGGGUCGGCGUUCAAAGGAAGUCGCCAAGCUUUAA